AUGAAUGAUUAAGAAGAUGUAUAAGGACUUUUGACCACUGAUGAAUCUCCAACAAACUAGCAAGAAUUUUUCUAGUAAAGUGAUUAUGUGUAGUAGCGAGGUUCAUUUUAAAAUACAUAUGCCUAGCGAGGUUAUGGACUUUAGCGAUUAUCUACUAUUGAAGAACAUUAGAAUGAAGAUGAAUUAUAAGAGUAAGAAAGAAUAAAAAAAGUGAUAAGUACAUACACUUAUGUGAUAGUUAUUUAUUUAAUAGUUAUAAUAGUAUUUGCAUUAGCUUUCUUUUUGAGUGAUGAUUUUAGGAAUUCUUUUAUUGAGUUCUUUUUAAACUUUAAAAAGCCUACACCAAAAAAUUUAGUGAUCCUAUUUUUUAUUGGUGUAAUUAUUAAGAUUACUGGCUUCCCUAUCUCUAUUUAUGAAUUAACUGUCGCAUAUAUUCAAUAAGAUUUUAUAUUAUCUGUGUGCUUGUUAACUUUAGCUAAAACAACAGGAUGCUAUGUUUCAUUCUUAAUUUCAAGAUAUAGAUUUUCUAAAGAUGCUCUGUUUUGGAUAUAAACAGUGAAGGAACUAAAAGUUAUAGAUGUUUCUGUUUAAAAAUAUCCAUUUAAGAUCUCUUUUUUAGUAAGAUUUAUGUGGCUACCGAUUGUGGUUAAAAAUUACGGUCUUGGAUUAUUUAAAAUAAGUUCUAUUUAGUUUUUAAUACCAACAAUGUUGCACACUAGCAUAAAGUCAUCAUUUUUAACUUAUAUAGGAAUAAAUCUUUCUAAUUUUUAUGAUAUUGUUUCUGGUAAAACCUUAGCUGAUAAUAUUUAUAUAAGAAUACUACUUAUAUUGCUAGGUCUUAUACUAUUUGUAAUACUCUUUUUUAUUUGUAAGAAAGAAUACAACCUACUUGAAAAGGAAUAUGAAGAAAAAGAAAAUGAAAGAAGAAGAUACUCCAACAUCACAUCAGAUGUGUCUUCACAAAAUAAUACUUAAAUAUCUGGCUAAUAAUAGCAAUAACAACCAAAUUAAUAAAAUUGA